AUGUCCUCCAACUCAAGUUCGAGCUCUUCCAGCCGUUCCGAUCCUGAUCAGAAUCGCUGGUUCUACACUGAGGACCUAGAAAACCUCACCCAUGGUGAUCUGCCACUGGCAUCUGGCGAUACGGAAGACCCGGUCGUCAACCACUACAGAUCUUUAAAGAUCCGCAGAAAUCUCGACUGGCGGAACGAGAAGCGGCAAGCGCUUCCCGACGGUUGCAAGCUUCAAGCUGCCUUUGCACACACACGCGGAGAUGAGGCCCCGGCCCCUUGCCUUCCAUGCAAGGAUGGCAAGGGGCCUUGGAACACCUGCAUAGCGAGAGAGCAUUUGGGCUUUGCAAAAUGGGUGCCCACGGAUGAGGCUUGUGCAAAUUGCUUUUUCGAUGAGAGGGAGACGGAAUGUAGUCAUGCUUGUGCCCCAGGGCCGGCUAGAGAUUCAAGUACACCUUCCAAACGCCGCACGCGCAGUGGCGCCAAUCCCGAAAGGCAGCCCCGUCCUCCUCGUCGAACCAGGAAGCCCCAGAAGACUCAAACGGCGACUGGAGUGGAUGGAGAUGCUGAAAACAAAGGCGACGGCGAACGACAUACACCCACAGCAGGUACCUCGCGGCCAACUGCCAUUCGCGACGAGGAGAUCAGUGAUUUGGAGUCUCUUCUUCCAGCGAGUGCGUACGAUGACCUUCCUCGCUUGAAACGCAAAAGGUCCGACUUGAUGAAAAUGACCUUCGCAGUCCACGGGCGGAUCACGGAGCUCGAGAUUGAGAGAGGGAAGAAAGUCGGGCGGAGGAAUGGAGAGGGCCCGUGGAAACGAUGGUUAGAGUGA